CUCCACCACUUUUCUCUCUCUUCUCUCGCUGUCGCUGUCGGUGGCCUGUCGCUGAUCUCCGAUCUGUAUCUAUCCGUAUGUGAAAAGCUUACCUCUUCCGAUGCAGCUGCGAUGAAAUUGUCCAACUUAAGUGAAAGAGGUCAUUUGGGGUUAGUGGAUGGAUUUGUGAUCGUUGUGUGAAGAGGAGAAAUUACGUUACGUCGUGCUACUUUAGUAGGUCAGUCUGGUCAGGCCAGGCCUCGCCCCAACCCAAGGAAGACUUGUAAAGCAGCAAGGCAACCCCGAAACUCCGUGGCGUCAACUGAACUGUCUGCCCGCGGCGCACUUUUAUCAUCAUCAUCAUCUUCUUCUCCUUCGUUCAUCUUAAUCUGCGCUCCUCCAUUCAGUUCCAUCUCUCUCUUUUGUUCUCUGCAACCCAUCCCAGGCUAGGAGGUGGUCCCUCCCAAGUCCCCCCUUUCCAAACAGAUCUCGCGGCCAUCCUCCUCAGCUGAAGCUCAAGCCUCAAGCCUCAAGCUUCAAGCUCAGCGAGUAAGAGAUUGAUAGAGAGAGAUAAAUAGAAAGAGAGGAAGCAUGGCAGCAUUUAUGAAGCUGGAGGAUUCUCCAAUGUUUCAGAAGCAUAUACAUUCUCUAGAACAGACAGCUGAGGAGUUAAAAGACCGCUGCCAAAUUCUAUAUAGAGGCUGUACGAAAUUUAUGGUAGCUCUUGGAGAAGCAUGUACUGGAGAUACAGCAUUUGCAGAUUCCUUGGAAGCAUUUUGUGGUGGGGAUGAUCCAAUUAGUAUAUCUACAGGAGGUCCAGUUAUAUCCAAGUUUAUUACAGCAUUCCAUGAGAUUGCUUCUUACAAAGAGCUCCUGCGUUCUCAAGUGGAACAUGUUUUGGUUGAUCGGUUGAUGCACUUUAUAACGGUUGAUCUACAGGAGGCAAAGGACUCACGCCGACGUUUUGAAAAAGCUGCGCAUGCCUAUGAUCAGGCACGUGAGAAAUUUGUGUCCUUGAAAAAGAGUACACCAUUGGACGUUGUUACGGAACUAGAGGAGGUACUUGAAAUAUCCAAAUCACGAUGUCAGAAUCUGCAAAAUUCAAAAUCGGCAUUUGAUAGAGGCCGCUUCAAUCUAGUGAAUGCGCUUAUGAAUAUAGAAGCCAAAAAGAAGUUUGAGUUUUUGGAAUCUAUAAGUGCCAUCAUGGAUGCACAUUUAAGAUACUUCAAGCUGGGCUAUGAACUAUUAAGUCAAAUGGAGCCAUUUAUCCAUCAGGUGUUAACCUAUGCUCAACAAUCUAAAGAGAUGGCUAUAGUCGAGCAAGAUAAGCUAGCAAAAAGAAUUCAGGAGUUCAGGACGCAAACUGAAUAUGAAAGUUCACAAGAUUCGGCUACUGUUGAUGAUAGUAUGAUUGGAAAUGGCAUUCAUGCGGUUGAUGUUAGUUCUUGCAACAAAACAAUAGAAGCAAUCAUGCAAUCCUCCAGCAAUGGCGAGGUUCAAACAAUUAGACAAGGUUAUCUUUUGAAGCGGUCUUCAAGUUCAAGGAGUGACUGGAAGAGGAGAUUUUUCAUUCUUGACAGUCAUGGGAAAUUGUAUUACUGCAGAAAUAAGGGCAUCAAUCCUGUGGGUUUUUGGUCACAUCAUUCCAGCAGUUCCUCUGAAAAUAAUAGCAGCGUGUUUGGUAGGUUCCGCUCGAAGCACAAUAGGGCAUCAUCACUUGGUGAAGAAACUUUGGACUAUUGUAUAGUUGAUCUUCACACUUCCACAAUAAAAAUUGAUGCUGAGGAUACAGAUCUGCGGCUUUGUUUCAGAAUAAUUUCUCCGCUAAAAUCUUACACGUUGCAGGCUGAAAAUGAGGCAGAUAGAAGGGACUGGAUAACCAAAAUCAAAGGAGUCAUUGCAUCUCUUUUGAGUUCACAUCUUCUGCAACAGUCAUAUCUAGGCGGUGGAAAACUUCAAAGAAGAAGAGAUGACCGAGGUGGUGACUCUCUGUAUGUUCCAUGUUUGGGCAGCAGUGACAGCUACAAGGAUUGUAUUGAUGUCAAUGAGCCUGAUUCUGUUGCUAAGGUUUUGAGAAAAAUUCCAGGAAAUGACCUUUGUGCGGAGUGUCGUUCACCUGAACCUGAUUGGGCCUCUCUUAACCUUGGCAUAUUACUUUGCAUCGAAUGCUCUGGAGUUCAUCGAAAUCUUGGUGUUCAUAUUUCAAAGGUGCGGUCUUUAGUAUUAGAUGUUAAAGUAUGGGAACCUGCAGUAUUGGACCUAUUUCGCAGUCUGGGUAAUGCUUACUGUAAUUCCAUAUGGGAGGAGGCUCUGCUAGACGGGUCAAUGAGUAAGAACAAGCUAGAUAGCAUCUCAACACCAAUAAGAAAACCAUGUCCUGGUGAUGGCAUUGGGUACAAAGAGAAAUUUAUCAAUGCUAAGUAUGUAGACAAACUGAUGGUUGUCAGAGAUACAAAUAGAAAUGGAAGCGCUGCUAGGACGAUCUGGGAUGCUGUCGAGAAUAACAACUUGCGAGAAGUAUAUCGCCUUGUAGUGACAACAGAGAGGAGUAUGAUCAAUACUGUUUUCGAUGAAGUGGUGGGUGGGGAUAUCUUUCACAAAGCGGACCAAACUGAUCCUGCAAAUUGUGAGAAUGUGAAGGAGAAUCCUGCAAAUUGCCUGGAAGGUUGUUCAUUAUUGCAUCUGGCAUGUCAACACGGCAGUCUAGUGAUGGUGGAACUGUUGUUGCAAUUUGGUGCUGAUAUAAAUAUUCAGGACUUCCAUGGAAGAACCCCACUGCACCACUGUGUAUCUUUGGGGCGCAACGCACUAGCAAAACUUCUGCUUAAGAGGGGAGCACGUCCGUCAAUCAAAGAUGGCAGAGGCCAAAGCGCAUUGGAUAGAGCAAUGGAGAUGGGAGCAAUCACUGAUGAGGAACUUUUCAUUUUGCUCGCUGAGUGCCAAUAGAAAGUAUAGCAUGGUAUACUAAUAUACAUAUAUAUUCAGCCAUUCUUUUUCCUCCUUGUGUGUGUGUGAGCUAAAUUAAUUUACCUUCCUUCCCCACCUUCCAGAUUUUUAAUGUAAAACUGAAUGCAGAUAGAUUUAACACUGGUUAUGAUGAUCUCUAUCAUCAUCUCUAUUCUAUUCCCUCCGACUACAGACGCCACAGGAAACUGAGACUGGGUCCUGCGUUACUUGUCAUUUUGGAACACUUUUUUUUUGGGGGGGUGGGGUGUUUUGACAAUUGGACUCACAGGGAAUACGCGUUUUAUUAUCA